AUGUCUCUCUCUUUCCAUGGUCCAUACUCCAUAGACUCCAUAACAUUCUCUUCAGAAAUGCAACUCUAGUAAUGCCCUCAUUAACUCGAUUUCUCAAUAAUCCCCCAAGCCUUUCCACUCCCCGCUGCUUAUCCUUCUGCAAUAUUAAAUGGGAUCAAACAAAUUGCCCGCCUUCUUUGGUUUGAAUAACCACCUUUAUCCCGCAUCUCUAAAUCCUGUUCGUGAAAACCUCAUCCAGAAACAUGAUUCCGGCACCCCAAAACACCGUUCCAUGUCUUCAGUUUUUGCUUCCUUGCGCAGCCUUUUGUCAGGGAAGAAACCUGAUGGUGGGAAGCGGACGGAAGAGGAGGACAAAGUGUACAAUUGGUUAUAUGCCUUGGCUCAGUCCGAUAAGGACUUGGUCUUCGAAUAUGUUAAAUCGACUGAAAGAGGCUUGAGCUUCAAGGAAGCUGAGAGAAGACUAAGGGAAAAUGGUCCAAAUGUACCUGUCGAUUAUACCUUUCCAAGAUGGUGGCAGCUCCUGUGGAAUGCCUUCUUUCAUCCUUUUAAUAUCAUUUUGAUUGUCUUAUCAUUUCUCUCAUACGUGUCAAGCGAUUAUCCCAAUGGAUGUAUCAUGCUCAUGUUGGUUUUCAUCAGCGUAGCACUUCGAUUUUUCCAGGAGUUCAGCAGUUCAAAAGCAGCCAUGAAGCUUUCGGAGUACUUGAGAUGCCCUGUUAAAGUUCAGAGAUGUGCCGGCAGAAUUGUUCAGACCGAAUUGAUUGUACAAAUUGAUAAAAAAGAUGUAGUUCCUGGUGACAUCAUCAAUUUUGGACCAGGGGAUCUCUUCCCUGGUGAUGUGAGGCUACUAACGUCGAAAGAUUUGGUUGUAAGUCAGUCUUCAUUAACAGGGGAGUCAGGGACGAUGGAGAAAGUAGCAGACAUCAAAGAAUAUCCGACUACUCCACUGCUAGAGUUGAGAAAUAUUUGCUUCAUGGGUACAAGUGUUGUAUCUGGUUGUGGGACUGGUCUAGUUGUUUCCACUGGAUCCAAAACUUACAUGAGUACCAUAUUUUCAACCAUUGGGAAAGGAAAACCAGAAAAUGUCUUUGAGAAAGGUGUUCGGCGUGUAUCAUAUGUGCUUAUCUGCAUUAUGCUAGUCAUAGUCACUAUUAUAAUCCUCUCAGAAUACUUCGCAUCUCAUGACUUAAGUGAGAGUAUCAUAUUUGGGAUCUCCGUUGCAUGUGCACUAACUCCACAGAUGCUUCCUCUUGUUGUAAAUACAAGUCUUGCAAAAGGAGCACUUGCCAUGGCCAGAGAUAGAUGCAUUGUCAAAAGCUUAGCUGCAAUUCAGAAUAUGGGAACAAUGGAUAUUCUAUGCAUUGAUAAGACAGGAACCCUUACUAUGGAUCGUGCAAUCAUGGUUCACUAUCUUGACUGCUGGUGCCUACCCAAGGAGAAGGUUCUGUGUUUUGCAUUUCUUAACUCUUACUUUAAAACUGAGCUGAAGAAUCCAGUGGAUGAUGCAAUUUUAGCAUAUGCUUACACAAAUGGACACAAGUUUGAGCCAUCCAAGUGGAAAAAGAUAGAUGAGAUCCCCUUCGAUUUCAUACGCAGAAGAGCAUCUGUCAUAAUAGAAACAGAUACAAAAGCAAAUAACAGAAAUAACCAUGGUCCUAACAGGUUUAUGGUAACGAAAGGAGCACUAGAAGAAGUGAUAAAGAUCUGUUCUUCAGUUCAGCUUAUCGACAAAGGUGAAACAUUGCCUCUCUCCCCAGAAGAGCAUCAGAGAAUCUUAAAUAUUGGGGAAGAACUAGGCAAUGAUGGCUUACGAGUUUUAGGAGUAGCAAUUAGAAGGAUAAGACAGGAAUGUAAUGGCUUCCAUGUAAUGAACAAUGAGAAAGUUGAAGCAGACAUGGUAUUCCUUGGCCUUCUAACAUUUUUUGAUCCACCAAAGGAUUCAGCAAAGCAAGCUCUAUGGCAGCUGGCUGAGAAGGGAGUAAAGGCAAAGGUAUUGACUGGUGACUCGCUCUCCCUAGCAAUUAAGGUCUGCAAAGAGGUUGGCAUCAGAACCACCCAUGUGAUAACUGGACCUGAUCUUGAGGUCCUUGACCAAGACACCUUCCAUGACACAGUUAAAAGAGCAACAGUUUUGGCCCGCCUCACCCCAACACAGAAGCUCCGUGUAGUCCAGUCGUUGCAGACAGCUGGGAAACACAUUGUCGGGUUCUUGGGAGAUGGAAUAAAUGACUCCCUAGCAUUAGAUGCUGCAGAUGUUGGAAUAUCAGUUGACUCAGCAGCAUCUGUAGCAAAGGAUUUUGCUGACAUCAUCCUACUAGAGAAAGACCUCAAUGUCCUUGUUGCAGGUGUUGAGCGGGGCCGAGUCACUUAUGGGAACACCAUGAAGUACAUAAAAAUGUCAGCAAUCGCCAAUGUAGGCAGUGUUAUAUCACUUCUUAUUGCAACUGUCUUACUACCAUUUGAGCCAUUAGCACCCAGGCAGCUCCUUACACAGAACUUUUUAUACAGUGUGGGUCAGAUUGCAAUCCCAUGGGACAAGAUGGAAGAAGAGUAUGUGAAGCUCCCCCAAAGAUGGUCACCUAAAGGUUUACCGAUAUUCAUGUUGUGGAAUGGACCUGUGUGUUCUGUUUGUGAUGCUGCCAACCUUUUGUUCCUUUGUUUCUAUUAUGAUGCCUCUAGUUCCUCAAAAAGAAGUUUCUUUCACUCUGCUUGGUUUGUUGAGGGUCUCCUCAUGCAGACUCUCAUUAUCCACUUGAUCCGUACUGAGAAAAUUCCAUUCAUCCAAGAAGUAGCAUCAUGGCCUGUGAUCUGUUCCAGCAUUGUGAUUUCUGCUGUUGGGAUUGCAAUUCCAUUCACCCCAAUUGGAAAAAUCAUGGGACUGACAAACCUGCCAUUAUCAUUCUUUGGAUUCCUGAUUGUCCUUUUUCUUGGAUAUUUCUCCCUUGGCCAGGUGGUGAAGAAAGCUUACAUUAUAGUUUUCAAAGAAUGGCUUUAGAUGAAUGACAACAAACUGAUAACAGAAGAAUAUUUGCACUGGACAAAAUCAUGGAAUCAAAUCCCGAACUAGAUCUUUCUUGUGUACAUAUAUCAAGAAUGAAAGUUAACAUGACCCUCAAAACUCAGAUGGUAGUUAACAUUUUUAUGGAUACUCUGCUCCUAGAGAUUAGUUGAAUAACUUACAAUUUUCAAAAUUAUUUUUCCUAUAUGAUGAGCUAUUGGGAAGAAA